CUCACUUCCACGGUUAUCCUCAGAACACCCUCGUCUAUCCAUUCCUCCGAUUUUAACUUCAAAAUGGCCGCCGCUGUCCAGAACAUCACCCUUUACACCGCCAAGGUCUGCCCGUAUGCACAGAGGACCGAACUCGCCCUCAAGGAAGCUGGCGCCAACUACAAGGAGUACCAGAUCGACCUCUCUAACAAGCCCGAAUGGUAUGCACCCAAGGUGAACCCUGCGAGCAAGGUCCCUGCCAUCGCCUACGGCGGACCCGAUGUCGCUCCCGACCAGCCCUCGCCUGACUCCACCAAACUCGCCGAAUCCCUCAUCCUCGUCGAGUUCGUUGCCGAUCUCUUCCCCAAUGCCACUUUCCUCCCCAAGGAUCCCGUCGAGCGUGCCAAGGCCCGCUUCUUCAUCGACCAGGUCGGUGCCAAGUUCUCUCCUGGCUACGUCGGCUUCGUCCUCCGCGGCGAGUCGCACACCGCCACCCUCGAGGGUGCACGUGCCAUCCAGGCACUCCUCCCUGAAGGCAAGAAGUACGCUAUAGGAGAUGAGUUUACGAUCGCGGAUAUCGCGUUCGCACCGUUCUGGGCGCGGCUGAAGCUCGCUCUCGAUCAUGGUCUUGGCAAGUACCAGCCCGGCGAGGAGAAGGUGCUCCUGGAGGCGCUCGCGGCACCCGAGUUCGCAAAGUUCAACGCGUACACUCAGAGGCUACUUGAGCGUCCGAGCUUCAAGGCUACUUGGGACCCCGAACAUGUUAUUGGAGUUUACAAGGCGCGAUUCAGCAACUAGGUAUAGUCGGGUAGUGCUUCUCAUCAAGGGAGAGUGCCCUACCUAAUGUGCUCAGUAAAGGUUAAUCGUUUGUAUUUUAGUGUAAAAAUCCCGCAGAAUACACAAACUCUUUGUAUACAACAACCGCUCUGUUACAUUGUUUCUCCUCGAGUCCGCUUCAGGCAAUCA